GGUUCUGUGUGAAGUUUUCUGAGAAAAACAGAAGGCAGAUCACAGGUCCUACUGAUGGAAGCUGUUCUCAAUUAUGAUGGGGACAAUAACAUGUCCUAUGAGGAUGCUAAUUCACCUGCACGCUCCUCAUUCAGCCUGACUCCGCCAGGACAUUCGGGUAGCUAUGACCUACAGCAGAGGAGACAAGAGGAGCAACCGGCGGAGAGCUACGUCAACCACGCACACAUGGAUGCCGCCUGGAACACCAACACCAAUGCCACAACCAGAGGAGAUGCACAGUCAUAUGUGGAGCUGAACGAGCUGGUUGACACAAAAUGGCUGGAAACUGGUCGCUGGGUAGGCUACGAGGAGACUUUAAUCCAAACCACUGGGAAAUGGGGAUCCUCACACGUAUCCUGCCUCACUUUCAGAAGCCUUAUUCAGCUCCGAAAGGUCAUGAGCACAGCGGCUGUGCUGCUGGACGCAGAAGAUAGUUCUCUGUCAGGAAUCUUUGAGAAGAUAGUGGAUGAACUUCUGAGGAAGAAUGAAAUUCGGCCAUCAGACCGUGAGACCUUGCUGAAGGCACUGUUGGAGAAGCGCAGUCAAAGUGAGGAGACUUCGUCUGACCAGGCAGGAAUCGCGAUGCAGACCUUCUCUGUUACCAAACAGAGAGACUCAGAUGAUAGCGUGGAGGCAUCCAUUGUGCUGUCAGGUGCUGUAGACUCCCUGCAGAAGCCAGUUGUGGCGUUUGUACGACUGCAGGAUUCUGCAGUGAUGGAGGGGAUCCUGGAGGUUCCUCUGCCUGUGCGUUUCGUGUUCGUCCUCGUGGGUCCCACCGAAAGCGGCAUAGACUUCCACGAGAGUGGCCGAGCCAUGGGAACCCUGAUGGCUGACUGGGUCUUCAGUUUGGAGGCUUACCUGGCUGAGAGUGAAACAGAGCUGACCAAUGCAAUUGCUGACUUCAUGGACUGCAGCGUUGUAAUUCCACCCACUGAGGUCCAAACUGAAGCCAUGCUUCAACCUGUCAUUCGCUUCCAGAAGAAGAUGCUGCGCGAAAGACUCCGCCCUACUGACACCCGUAUCAUCUUAGGAGCAAAGCCUAAAGCCAGACCCGAGCCGCCACAGGAUGACCCCUUAACCCGAACUGGAUACCCAUUCGGUGGAAUGGUCAAGGACAUCAAACGCCGUUAUCGCCAUUACCUCAGUGACUUCAUCGAUGGCUUCAACCUUCAGGUCUUUUCUGCUGUGAUUUUCAUCUAUUUUGCCGCCCUCUCUCCUGCCAUUACAUUUGGAGGACUGCUGGCUCACAAGACAGGAAACAUGAUGGGAGUGUCGGAGCUGCUGAUCUCCACUUGCGUGCAGGGAGUCGUCUUCUGCCUGUUUGCUGCCCAGCCUGUGCUGGUCAUCGGCUUCAGCGGGCCACUCCUGGUGUUUGAAGAGGCUUUCUAUGGAUUCUGCCAGUCCAGUGGCUAUGAAUACAUCGUGGGUCGAGUAUGGGUUGGAAUGUGGUUGAUCCUCAUAGUGCUGAUCGUGGUGGCGGCUGAAGCUAGCUUCCUAGUGCGCUUCAUCUCCCGUUUCACCCAGGAGAUCUUUUCCAUCCUCAUCUCCCUCAUUUUCAUCUACGAGACCUUCUUCAAACUUUACAAUAUUUUCAAAGAUCACCCAUUAAUUCUGAACUACCAGCGUUUGCCUGAAGCUGUGGACAACACCACUGAAAGAAUCUUAACACACCAAGGAGCCCAUCCAAACACCGCCCUGCUCUCUAUGUGCCUGAUGUUGGGGUGCUUCUUCAUCGCCUACUUUUUCCGUCAGUUCAAGAACAGCAUCUUCCUCCCUGGUCCAGUUCGUCGUAUGAUUGGAGAUUUUGGUGUGCCCAUCGCUCUGUUUCUCAUGAUUGCUGUUGAUAUUGGUGUUAAGGAUGUUUACACACAGAAACUGGACGUUCCAAAGGGUCUGAGUGUGUCUAACUCUACUGCCAGAGGCUGGUUUAUCAACCCCAUGGGAAUGAACAGCGAAUUCCCAAUCUGGCUUAUGUUUGGCUCUGCCAUCCCAGCUUUACUGGUCUUUAUUCUCAUCUUCCUGGAGUCUCAGAUCACCACGCUGAUUGUUAGUAAGCCAGAGAGGAAGAUGAUAAAAGGCUCUGGCUUCCAUUUGGAUCUGCUCCUCAUUGUGGCCAUGGGUGGAGUCGCUUCUAUUUUUGGUGUCCCCUGGCUUAGUGCUGCAACGGUGCGAUCUGUCACCCAUGCCAACGCCCUCACUGUCAUGUCCAAAGGCCCCAAACCAGAGAUCAGCAAGGUGCUGGAGCAGAGGAUUAGUGGAAUUCUUGUGGCUGUUUUAGUUGGUGUAUCAAUUCUGAUGGAGCCCAUCCUGAAGAUGAUUCCCAUGCCAGCUCUGUUUGGCAUCUUUCUCUACAUGGGUAUUACCUCUCUUAGUGGCAUUCAGCUGUGGGAUCGCAUAAAGCUCUUGAUCGUGCCCAAAAAGUACCACCCGUCUGACGCCUACGCCACUAGAGUGAAGACUUGGAGAAUGCACAUCUUCACCUUGAUCCAAAUGGUGUGUCUGGGUAUUCUGUGGGCAGUAAAAUCUACCCAGGCCUCUUUGGCUCUGCCAUUUGUCCUCAUUCUCACUGUCCCUCUGCGUGUCCUCUUGACCGGACGUGUCUUCAGUGCCACGGAGAUGAAAUGCCUGGAUUCAGAUGAUGCCAAGGUGACAUUUGAGGAGGAGCAGGGGGUGGACGUGUACGACGAGUGCCCUUUCCCUUAACCGACCUCUUUACCUUUACUGAACCCGUGAACUUAGAGAUCAUGCCUUCAUUCUGACCGGUGCCUUUUCCGAAAAUAUCAAAGCUAUUAGAACAUGCAUCAAACUAUCAGCUGAUUUUAAAAUAGCUGUAUAUUCUUAUAUAUCU